AUGGUCAAGACAAUUCCCUUCGGCAGCAUCCAGGUCCCAACACCGGGUUUCGGUGCAAUGGGUCUGAGCUUCGGCCUGGGCUCCAACCUGAGCCUUGAGGAAGCCGAGCCAGUCCUCCUAAAGGCCAUUGAGCUUGGUUGCACAUUCUGGGAUACCGCCGUUGUCUACCAAGCCGGUGUAAACGAGAAGCUUCUUGGAGACUUCAUCCGCAAGCACAAUGUUCGCGAUAAGGUUUUCAUUGCCUCGAAGUGUGGUUUUGAUGUGUUUGGUGGUGGCUCAGUCACCAACUCCGCUUCGCAUAUUAAGGAGUAUAUUGAGGGCACUAUUGAGAGACUCGGCUUUACUCCUGAUUUGUACUACCUGCACCGCAUUGAUCCUAACACACCUCUUACCGAGUCUAUCCCUGCUCUUGAUGAGAUCCGCAAGGCUGGAAAGACCAAGUACAUUGGGCUUUCCGAGUGCUCUGCUGCGACUCUGCGCAAGGCCAACUCUAUUGCCAAGAUUGACGCUAUCCAAGCCGAAUACUCCGCUUUCGAGACGGUGCAUGAGACAGACGGUCUGAUCGAUACAGCUAAAGAACUGGGUAUCGCGUAUGUCGCCUAUAGCCCUCUAGGACAUGGCUGGCUGGUCGAUGACUUUAAGUUCAAAACCCCUGACGACUUUGCUCCCGAUGACUUCCGCCGUAACUCUCCUAAAUUCCAAGGCGACAACUUCUACAAGAACCGAGCAAUCGUCGAGGAAAUCAAGAAGCUCGCUGCUAAGAAGGGCUGUAACAUUAGCCAGAUUGCUCUCGCUUGGGUUGCUGCCCAGGGCAUGAUCCCCAUUCCUGGAACGACUAAGGCUACUCGUCUUGAGAAUAACUGGGCUUCUCGGGAUGUUGAAUUCUCUGAAGAGGAAAAGAAAGAGAUGCGCAAGAUUAUUGAUGCUGCCAAGCCCCACGGAAACAGGUAUGGUCCCGUGCACCAGGCUAUGGUUGGCCACUAG